AUGAUCGGCGGGGUGGGCCCCCUGGCGCCCGGCAACGCGGCCCGGGCGAAGGGGGGAAGGGGCGCCGGCCUGCUGGUGCGCGCGGAGGCCGACUAUUACGAUACCCUGGGCGUGCCUCGGGGUGCCAGCAAGAAGGAAAUCAAAUCGGCGUACAGGCAGAAGGCGCGGAAAUACCACCCGGACGUCAACAAGGAGCCAGGAGCUGAGGAAAAUUUCAAGAAGAUAGGUGAAGCCUAUGAGGUGCUGUCAGAUGAUCAGAAGAAACGAAUAUACGAUCAGUAUGGAGAGGCCGGGCUGAAGGGGGGUAUGGGCGGCUUCCCAGGAUCGGCAGGAAUGGACUUCACGAAUCCUUUCGACUUGUUUGAAUCACUUUUUGGAGGCGGCACAGGAGGCUUUGGAGGGAUGGGUGGAAUGGGUGGGAUGGGAGCCACAAGAAGCAGGGCUCAGCCUGGAGACGACUUGAGGGUGGACAUGAGGCUUGAAUUCUUGGAAGCCGUUUUUGGAACAAGCAAGGAGGUGUCCAUUAGCCGCCUCGCAGAAUGCAAGACCUGCAGUGGAUCAGGUGUUAAGUCAGGCACAACUGCUGAGAGCUGCAGCCAGUGCGGCGGUUCGGGGCAGGUAGUGUCCUCCAUGCGCACGCCGCUGGGUGCCUUUCAGCAAGUUUCGACCUGCCCUUCUUGCGAGGGCACUGGACAAACGUUCACCCCAUGCCAGACAUGUGGCGGUGAUGGACGUGUGAACGAAAACAAGAGAACCGAAGUGCAGGUGCCCGCAGGCAUCGACGAUGGCUCCAGGCUGCGGAUUCGGGGCGAGGGCAAUGCUGGCCGCCGCGGUGGUCCCCCCGGCGACCUUUACGUCUUUGUGUCGGUGAAAUCCCAUCCGCAGAUGAGACGGAAGGGCACCACUGUGCACACCGAUGUGGAGGUGAGCUUUGUGGACGCCAUCCUGGGCACCACAGUCAAAGUGCCAACUGUGGAUGGCAUGGUAGACCUGAAAGUGCCCCAGGGCACUCAACCCGACACAACCCUGCUGAUGGCCAAGAGGGGGGUGCCAGUGCUUGGGUCCUCAACAAGCAGAGGCGACCACAAGGUCCAUGUGCGUGUCAAGAUCCCCAGCAAGCUGAGCAACGAGGAAAAGAAGCUUGUGGAGAAGCUGCGGGACAUCCAGGCAUCCAAGCACAAUGUUGGCCCGUCCAGUUCCUAG